AUGGAUAGGUGGAAGGAAUUUUCGUUGUCUAAGGAGGAAGAGGAGGGAGUUACGGCGGAUGUGGAAGAAAUUGGCGGAGCGGAGAUAUUCCAGAGAACGCUAGCAGGGAAGUUGUGGUCUGAUAAUAGCUUUAACUCCCGGGCUUUUAUCAGCACGAUGACAGGAGCGUGGAAACUUAAAAACCCAGUUGACACACAGGAACUCAGCAAAAACUUGUUCUUGUUCAGAUUCAGCACAAGAAGAGAUCUGGAGAAUGUACUUCGCAACGGGCCGUGGAGUUUCGACAGACACCUUCUUGUGUUAUCUAGAGUUUCAGGUGAGGAGCAACCGUCAGCGCUUAACAUGCACUAUAGCAGCUUCUGGGUUCGAAUUUACGAACUUCCACUCCUUCUGAGGACGGAAGCGAUGGCAAAGAAACUUAGGGGUAUCUUGGGAUCCUUUGAAGAAAUGGAUCAGAGGGAUGUGAACCGGAUUGGAAGAUUUCUCCGUAUCAAGGUGACAGUAGAUCUACAAAAACCUUUGAAAAGAGGGACGGUAGUUCGGUUCAAGGAAAAGAAUAUCAAAGUUUUCUUCAAGUAUGAACGUCUCCCUACGUUUUGUUUUGUCUGUGGGAAGCUGGGGCAUCAACUGAAAGAUUGUGAAACUGUGGGUGAACUGAGCGAAGAAGGAUUUGAAGAUUUAGAGGAACAGGAUUUGGCGUAUGGCACGUGGCUCCGGGCCUCCCCCCUCCCACGCUCCCAAGAAACCAGCAUUAAAAAGGAAUCAAACUCCGGGUCUUGCAGUAAAUCUCUUUUUAAUGUAUCAUCGGAGCACAGCAAGGAAGAGAUAAGGAACAAGGAAAAGAGUGAUGAGGCGGAAGUCAAUAAACCACGAGAGGUGGAGCAGCGGCCAAACGCGGUGGAUAUUUCAAAUACUGGAGGCGGCAAAGAUAAGUCAGAAAAGAUUCAGAGGGAGAGAGGGAAGAAAUGGACGCGAAGGAAUGCAAAGGGCAAGACAACUGUGGCUGAAAGUAAGAAGAUUGAAAAGGAAGUGGGAAAGAGACAAUUGAUUGAUGUGAUGGUUGUAGAAGGAGAAAUUGGGGAGUGGGGUGGAAGUGAGAAAAAGAGGAAGGGACAGAACAUGGUGGAGGAAAUUCCUGAACAAUUACCAGAGGUGGUGUUGCCAAGUCAACACCGCCUGACAAAAUGA